AUGCAGAAAGGUAACAUAAGAAUUGCUAUUGAUAAGGGUGGAACUUUCACAGACUGUGUGGGGAAUACUGGUACAGGUAAACAAGAACAUGAUACCGUCAUCAAGCUCCUGUCGGUGGAUCCCAAGAAUUACCCAGAUGCCCCUCUUGAAGGCAUAAGACGUCUUUUGGAAGUGCUUGAACACAAAAAAAUUCCCCGCAAUAUUCCUCUAGACAUCUCUAAUGUGAGAAGUUUAAGAAUGGGGACAACCUUAGCUACGAACUGCGCUCUGGAAAGAAAUGGUGAACGUUGUGCCUUCAUUACUACAAAAGGUUUUAAAGAUUCAUUGUUAAUUGGAGACCAAACGAGGCCAAAUAUCUUCAACUUGAAUAUAAAGAAGGUAGCGCCCCUAUAUGACACGGUUGUUGAAAUAGAUGAAAGAGUUACCUUAGAAGAUUUUUCGGAAGACCCUUAUUUCACUAAGUCGUCUCCUAAUGAAGAAGAAGGCAUCUUGGAAGGUAAUAGUGGCGAAAUGGUAAGAGUCAUAAAGAGGCCAGAUGAAUCAGGCGUAAGAUCUAUUCUGCAAGUGCUUUAUGCUAGCGGAAUCAAGUCUAUUGCGAUAGCAUUUUUGCAUUCAUACACUUAUCCAGAUCACGAACGAAUUGUUGGUGAUAUUGCUAGAGAAAUUGGAUUUUCUCAUGUUUCAUUAUCAUCUGAAGUUUCUCCAAUGAUAAAAUUCUUACCGAGAGCUCACAGUUCUGUUGCAGAUGCCUACCUUACUCCAGUAAUCAAAAAGUAUUUAAAUAGCAUUUCUGCAGGUUUGAACCACGCAGAAGAUACUCAUAUUCAAUUUAUGCAAUCUGACGGCGGUUUAGUGGAUGGGGGAAGAUUUUCCGGUUUGAAAUCAAUUUUGUCUGGCCCUGCAGGUGGUGUGAUAGGUUACUCUAGCACAUGCUAUGAUAGAAACAAUAAGAUACCCUUAAUAGGCUUUGACAUGGGAGGAACAUCUACUGAUGUCAGUAGGUAUGGUGACGGGAGAUUAGAACAUGUUUUUGAAACCGUUACCGCAGGAAUCAUCAUACAGUCUCCUCAACUUGACAUUCAUACUGUAGCUGCUGGGGGAAGUUCUAUUCUGUCAUGGAAGAAUGGGUUAUUUAGAGUAGGCCCUGACUCAGCAGCAGCCGAUCCGGGUCCAGCAGCCUAUAGAAAAUGCGGGCCUUUGACUAUUACAGAUGCUAACCUCUUUUUAGGGCGUUUGGUUCCCGAGUUCUUCCCCAAAAUUUUUGGACCCAAUGAGGAUGAAUCACUUGAUUUAGAAACUACUACUUUAAAAUUUAAAGAAUUAACUGAUAUCAUCAAUAAGGAUCUCAAUUCAAACCUAACUAUGGAAGAGGUUGCAUAUGGAUUUAUCAAAGUAGCCAACGAAUGCAUGGCAAGACCAGUGAGGGCUAUUACAGAAGCAAAGGGACACGUAGUAUCUCAGCAUCGGCUAGUUUCCUUUGGUGGAGCUGGUGGCCAACACGCCAUAGCUGUUGCAGAUUCAUUGGGCAUUGACACUGUUUUGAUUCAUAGAUAUUCUUCUAUCUUGUCCGCUUAUGGUAUUUUCUUAGCAGAUGUUAUUGAAGAGAACCAAGAGCCUUGCUCUUUUAUUUUGGGUGAGCCAGAGACUAUCUUGAAAGUUCAAGAAAGAUUUUUAGAACUUUCUAAAAAUUCAAGUGAAAACCUUUUAUCUCAGUCGUUUUCUCGAGAGGACAUAGUCUUAGAAAGAUAUUUAAACCUCAGAUAUGAAGGUACCGAAACCAGUUUGAUGAUAUUACAAAAAUAUGAUGAUCAGUGGAAUUUUAGAGAAUGGUUUUCUGAAGCUCAUAAAAGAGAGUUUGGAUUUUCAUUCGAUGAUAAACGAAUUAUAAUUGAUGAUAUAAGGAUAAGAGCAAUUGGGAAAUCAGGCGUUAGGAAAGAAAAAACAGUUGAUGAACAACUGAUGGAAAUUUCCCAUUUCAAAAAAGCUGACGUGUCAAAGGAUGCUAGUUUUACUCAGAAAGCAUAUUUUGACAAUAAAUGGGUUGAUACCGCGGUCUUCAAAAUUGGUAAUCUUUCUGCUGGAACGAUUAUCGACGGACCAGCUAUAUUGGCUGACGGUACUCAAACAAACAUUAUUUUACCAAAUUGUCAAGCAACGAUUUUGAAUUCUCAUAUAUUUAUCAAGAUCGACCAAAAACACGUGAAAAUGCUUUCCAAAAAAAAAUACGAACUUGAUAUCGAUCCAAUCUUAUUGUCUAUUUUCAGUCACAGAUUCAUGGAUAUCGCUCUUCAAAUGGGCACCCAAUUAAGGAAAACAUCUGUUUCAACCAACGUCAAAGAGAGAUUGGAUUUUUCAUGUGCUUUAUUUGACUCUAAAGGAAACUUAGUGGCAAACGCUCCUCAUGUACCUGUUCAUUUAGGCUCAAUGUCAACCUGCAUAUCGGCACAGGCAAAGUUAUGGGAAGGUAAAUUAAAGCCUGGUGAUGUUUUAAUCACAAAUCAUCCGGACAUAGGUGGUACUCAUUUACCAGAUAUAACAGUUAUAACUCCCUCUUUCUCUUCAGCUGGUGAGUUGAUAUUCUACGUUGCUUCGAGAGCCCAUCAUGCAGACAUUGGGGGUAUUCUACCCGGUUCAGUUCCUCCAAAUUCUAAGGAACUGUACGAAGAAGGAACUGCAAUUUAUUCUGAAUUCGUCGUGAAAGAGGGAGUUUUCCAGGAAGAGUUAAUUUACAAACUUUUUGUAGAAGAUCCAGCCAAAUAUCCGGGCUGUUCAGGUUCAAGAAGGUUUAGUGAUAACAUCAGUGAUUUAAAAGCGCAAGUUGCAGCUAACACAAAAGGGAUACAGUUGAUUGAGUCAUUAACAAAGGAAUAUGAUCUCGCUACAAUUUUGAAAUAUAUGGCUGCAAUCCAGUCAAAUGCAUCUGAAUCCAUAAAAAAAAUGCUUGCCAAAAUGGUUGAACAUUUUGGCACAACCAAGUUUUCUGGCGAAGAUCGCUUAGAUGACGGAAGCCUAAUUAAACUUCAAGUUAAUAUAAGUCCCGAAAAGGAGGAGUAUGUAUUUGAUUUCAAGGGAACCUCUCCUCAAGUUUAUGGGAACUUAAAUGCACCAGAGGCUAUUACCAACUCUGCGAUUCUUUACUGUCUGCGAUGUCUGGUGGGUGAAGAUAUUCCUUUAAAUCAAGGCUGUUUAAAACCUUUAACAAUAAAGAUUCCUGCCGGUUCCCUCUUGAGUCCCCGUUCUGGUGCUGCUGUUGUCGGGGGCAAUGUAUUGACUUCCCAAAGAGUGACUGAUGUAAUCCUAAAAACAUUUAACGUUAUGGCGGAUUCUCAAGGUGACUGUAACAAUUUUACAUUUGGAACUGGAGGUAAUAUUGAUAAAAAGACUGGUAAGCAAAUUAAAGGCUUCGGAUACUACGAAACUAUAUGUGGUGGCUCGGGGGCUGGUGCGGAUUCAUGGAGAGGAUGUGGUUGGAAUGGCUCAGACGCCGUGCACACGAAUAUGACAAAUACAAGAAUGACAGACAGUGAAGUAUUUGAAAGAAGAUACCCUGUUUUGUUGAAAGAGUUCUCAAUCAGAAGAGGCUCAGGAGGUAAAGGUAAAUAUACUGGCGGGAAUGGCGUUAUAAGAGAUGUUCAAUUUCGAAAGGCUGUAACAGCGUCCAUAUUGUCAGAACGUCGUGUCAUUGGCCCCCAUGGUAUAAAUGGUGGACAAGAUGGUAGUAGAGGCGAAAAUUUAUGGGUAAGACACAGCACAGGCGCAUUGAUCAAUGUCGGUGGUAAAAAUACGAUUUAUGCUCAACCUGGUGACCGAUUUAUUAUUAAAACCCCUGGUGGUGGGGGAUUUAAGGAAUACAAGGAUUAA